CGCAGGCAGCCAAGGCCUGCUGCACACGUCUCCACAUGCAUAGCGUCACCACACUCCGGGGCACCGCAAACCUGUACUACCGGCUAGAGCGAGAGAUGGGCAUUGCCAACACCCGAUGCCGCCCGGGAGGCCGCACCCAGGGGACCGCCAAUGGCGGCCCCCGCGCAGGGGAGCCGGGGCAGGGCAACCAGCCGCAGCUCUUGCAGGGCCACUCUCUGCACAGCACAGGCCGCCCCUCCCGCACGUUUGCGGGGCUGGCCUUCAGCCGGCGCGCAACCAGCGCCAGCAAAGCAGCCUUCACAGCGGAGCUCAUGCGCAAGUUGCCGCUGGCGGUACCGCUCCAGCGCGGUCAGGCUGUCCUCACGGUUCAUGUGCCAGUGGACACCCGGCCCAUCAUUCUGGGCACCUACACCGUCACGUUCAAGAUGGUAGGGGGCCCUGUGUGGGGGGCUUUCCGCGGUCGCACCGAUUUGGUGCUGCAGGCGGGCGGCUAUCCCACCACCUCGGACCCCUCUAACCUGGCGUGUGCUUAUGUGGUCUCAGAGCAGUGCGCAAAAUCGGUGGGCCCCAAGGGGGAGCCCCAGGCCCCCGCAGGCCAGGGCAUCACCAACCACAUCUUUGCCUGUGUGCGGGGCCCCAUCUGGGACCCGCAGCUAUCUCACCUGCACUGUGCCAAGUUUGAGAUGCCCGGUGAGGAGCCCAUGCAGGUGGAGGUCCGUGGCGCCCCCCAGGCGGCUGGGACAGCCACGACAGCUGCGGCAGGCAGCCCUGCUCCGGCUGCAGCCGGGGUCGCCGACCUGGGUGGCAACACCUUGGGUGGGGUGAGGCCCGCGGCUGCCAUGGCGACCGCAGCGGACAUCGUUGACCACGUAGGGGACGUGCAGAUGCAGGAGGCCGCGGGUUUGGGUGACGCGGCGGCUGCAGCUGGUGGCGCCAGUGGGCCACUCAGCGGGGCCCCACCCCUGCUGCCAGUUCUGGUGGCGGGGGGUAGCAACCGUGCUGCUGCGGCUGCCCUGCGGGCCGCGCUGCAGCAGCAGCCCUCUUCGCAGCAGCGGGUGGCAACGGGAGGGCUUAGCGGGGUCCAGCCGGCGGAAGGCGUGGGGGGGCUGCCGGCGGCCAGGCCUCGCCCUGCCGGUGCUGGGCCGGCUGGCGUGCAGCAGCAAGGAUGAUCCCUCAAAAAAAGAAGCAGCAGCACAGUGGCACUCCCGCGCCACGGCCGCCCUUGGAUCAGCGGGCAGCCGCCAGGCAGGAUCAGGUCAGCGCCACAUCUGGCCCGUUUAGUUUUCUGCUUGUGUCUCCUCUGCCGGUUCUCCUGGGGUGUUGCUUAAGCAACCGACUUGUGGGGGUGGGGUGGGUUUGGGCGGGGCGAGUGCGUAGCGCUGGUGUUUUCUUUUCUGGCGCGCGGUGGUGGUGGUUCUUGCGGUUAGGCUGUGGUGUAGGUUGGUGCUUGGGUUAGGUCUGGCGGUGUUUUUGUGCAACCCCUCCCGGGGGGCGGGGGGGCCAGCCUCCUGCUCUGUCUGCCGGGUCGGGGUGGGGUGGGUGGGAUGGUUGGGGGUGGUUGGUGGCGGUCUCGAGGUGUUUGCUUUCUGUUUUCUUCUCUUUUCUUCUCUUCUUGCCCUGUCAGGGUUCUGGUCUCGGGGACCAGGCUGCUUUCCGGCAGUAGGGGGGCAGCACGUCUGCCCCUGUUCAACCUUGUAAGGAUGAUUCCUC